GACCAGCUGAUGGGAACAGCGAGGGAUGGUUCAGUGUAUCUUUGCCAGCCUACAUCAAUCUGCAAAGGAGUUGCAGAAAAGCCUCAUGUUCAUCGAGCCGUGAGUCACACAUAAUUUUUAAAGCUGUUAUGAUGAAUAUCCAAACAAUAUGUUUGCCUUCCGGAAGUUAUUGUAGAUUUUUUUUUUUUUUUUAAUUCUUCAAUGGCACUAGAAUUAAAAUUUGGAGCAGUAUUAUACAGCUUGAGCUAAGACGUCUGGUCGCGCUGAAUCCAAACGAGCAGUUUUCCAUUAGACGUCUUGUUUUAUAGAAGGCAAUUUUCAGUCGAGACAAAAAACUUUGCACACAUCAUUUACAAUCUGACUUGUGUAUGACUCCCAACUUCUUACUACAGGUAUGGGCAAGAAAACUGUUCCAAUUUAUACUUUUCUACAGCGGGUUUAAAAUUCUGCAGCUGAGGUCUUGAAGAUGCAGAAGGGGGAUGAGACACGGCAGAGGGUCAAGUUCACUGACGAGCGAGUCUGCAAAAGUCAUCUUCUCAACUGCUGUCCACACGACAUCUUGUCUGGAACUCGUAUGGACCUGGGAGAGUGCACGAAGAUCCAUGACCUGGCACUUCGGGCAGAUUAUGAAAUUGCCUCCAAGGAGAGAGAUCUCUUUUUUGAGCUUGACGCGGUGGAUCACCUGGAGUCAUUCAUUGCUGACUGUGACCGGAGGACAGAACUAGCCAAGAAGCGCCUGGCUGAGACUCAAGAAGAGAUCAGUGCUGAGGUGGCAGCAAAGGCAGAGAAAGUCCACGAGCUGAAUGAGGAAAUCGGGAAGCUCCUGGCCAAGGCAGAGCAGCUCGGAGCUGAGGGAAAUGUGGAUGAAGCCCAGAAGGUGCUGCAGGAAGUGGAGAAAGUCCGCACCAGGAAGAAGGAUGCAGAGGAAGAAUACAGAAACUCCAUGCCUGCCUCCAGUUUCCAGCAGCAGAAGCUGCGGGUGUGUGAGGUGUGCUCCGCUUACCUGGGUCUCCAUGACAACGACCGUCGUCUGGCAGACCAUUUUGGUGGGAAGCUUCACCUGGGCUUCAUCCAGAUCAGAGAGAAACUGGACCAACUAAAAAAAACGGUGGUCGACAAGCAGGAGAAAAGGAACCAGGAGCGCUUAAAGAGACGAGAAGAGAGGGAGAAAGAGGAGAGGAUGAGGAGGAGGACCAGAUCACGGAGCAGAGAGCAUAGAAGGUCCCGUUCUCGUGACCGUAGAAGGAGGCGCUCACGCUCCACGUCACGAGACAGGCGUCGCUCACGCUCACGCUCCAGGGAGAGGAGGAGGCGGCAUCGCAGCAGGUCCCGCUCCCGCAGCAGAGGCCACCGUCACAGCCACGAGCAGAGCUCCAGACACAAGUCGUCCAGAGACCGAGAGCGCUCGUCCAGAGAUCGUUCACGGGAGCGAGAGCGCGACAGGAGGGACGGUGUGAACGGCAGAUCAGACUCCCGCCGGGCAGAGGACAGGGACAUGGGGGACCUCUGAAGACCAAACUCCAUCCACGACAACACACAACCUCCUCCUGUGUCUCUCUCUCAGCUGUUCUGUCCAUAUAAUGACCCGAUGUUCCACACACAGUCCUUGCCUUGACCCCUUCGUUCUCCCGCCUGGCUCCUUUGUUUGCUUUUACAGUUAUACCUGAAAUAUUGUAUGAAGUCACCUUUCUAGCAUCCAGAUAUAUCAGAUUGUAUGGAUUGGGGGGGUGGUUAGUUAUUGAUCAGUAGUGUAUUGCAAUACCCAAAUCUGUAAUUUGGUAGUCUGUCUGUAUCAAAUACAUCCCAUGUGUUGUUAUAAACUACCCUACAAUGAUUCCAAUAGAAAAAGCAAGCAUAAACUGAUGGUCUGCUGGACUCGAGUAUAAAAUGUAACUCAUCCAUAUUCAACUUAUUAUUAACUGACUUUUUUUUUUUUUUUUAUAUAGAAUAUGUCUGUAAAUAUGUUUUGGUUUUUUUUGUUGGUUUUUUUUUUUUUGGGCCUGCUGAUUGUCAUAGUCUGAAAAGCCUUGUCCUAUCAAGUUUUAUCUCCCUCUGAAGAUUCUUUUCACCAGCUCCUGGUAAACUGCAACUGAUGUCAGAUGUCUCUCCACAUAUUUGUCUACUUAGUUUGAUAAAGUUUUACAUACACAAAUUCAAAAGGAAGAGGUUUUAAAUCUAGUAUUAGUGUCUCCCUUAUGUCUCUCAACAUGUCCUGUUUUCUUUUUUUUUUUUUUUUUUUAACUGAUCAAGUUUUAUUUUAUGCUGCCAGUAGUGAAGGGAAACGGGUCAGAUUGGCCUGUAUAAGUAAAUGCUUGUUUAAAUUGGUGGCAAGUCUCUUGUUUUAUAAUUUGUUUCUAUCAUAAUUUCUGUUAUUUAACAUACUGAAAAUAAAUGGUAAGAAUGGCAGAGUUAGUGUCGGCAUGUGAAGCAGUAGGUUCAGAAAUGAUACAAUGGAAAUUAUGCUAAAACUGUACACACCUUUUAUUAUUAGUCAUAAAUUGAAAUUUUGACCCAAUUUGGACAAAUUCCUUCAUGAAUAAAUGUAUAAUUAAAUGUAAAGCAGAUUUUAAAGGAUGCAUUGCUUUACCUAAUGUGUGAAGUCAUAUCUGUUUAUGUUCUGCUGGAAAUCUUUCUUUAAGUUCUCAAUUAAAAAAAAAUCACAUUUGAA